AUGGCCUACUUUGAUGAGAAAGCGAAGGAAGAUCCAGAUUUCUUCUACAGGAUAAGGUUGGACGAUGAGGACCGUGUCGGGAACAUGUAUUUGGUGGAUGGUGCUGCAAGGAGAGCCUACAAACAUUUCCGAGAUUGCAUUUCAUUCGACGCGACAUACCUCACCAAUAUGUACAAGAUGCCACGCGCUCCAUUCAUAGGAAUAAAUAACCACAAUCAGUCAUUGCAGUUCGGCUGCGGGCUCGUCCGGAAUGAAGACGCGGAUGGGUACAUUUGGCUGUUCAAGACCUUCUUGGAGUGCAUGGAUGGACUUGCUCCAAUGAACAUAAUAACAGACCAAGAUUUCAGCAUGUGUGCAGGCAUAGAGGAGGUCUUUCCGUUGGCAGUGCACAGGCACUGCAGGUGGCACAUUAUAAAGAAGGCUGAGGAGACGCUAGGACCGUUCUUUGCUGACCGUCCAGAGCUGCACAAGGCAUUCGAGCUAUGCGUGGACCACAGCUUGACGGGGGAGGAGUUUGAAAGGAGCUGGAUGGCCAUGACUGAAACACGUCAAACUACGCAGCACAACGAGGGGUUCAAUGCUGUUUUGAAGCGGUACGUCAGCCCUGGCAACUCAUUGCUACAGUUUGCCAAGCAGUACACAGCUUUGCAACAAAAAAUUCUGGGAUCUGAGCUACAGCAAGAAGCGACCACGACACUAAAGCACCCAAAAUUGCUAACGUAUUUACCAAUAGAAAGGCAAAUGAGCAAGAUAUACACCAACAAGAUCUUUAACAAAUUCCAGGAAGAAAUAAAGCGUGCCAGCAUGUUCACGGCUUUCCGGGUGGACGAACAUACGUUCAAGGUGUGUUCUAUUUUGGGCAUGUCAGAUUCAGAACCUGAAGACGCGGACAAAGGAAGGAACUACUUCGUCAGAGCCUCGAUAGGCGAAGGCGAGUACUACUGUCAAUGCUGCAAAUUCGAACGGGACGGCAUUGUGUGCUGUCACAUACUAAAAGUCGUGGACAUGAACGCUGUGACACGCAUGCCCCACCAUUUCAUAAGGAGGCGAUGGACUUGGGACGCUGACGACGCGUUGGCGCCGCAGACAACACACGCAGUUCUGGCUGUGCAUGACGAGAGACCUGAGUCAACCAUGGAAGCCGUGAGGCACGUUGUGCUGACAAAGAACUAUGUUGAGCUAAUUGAUGAAGCGUGCAAGAGUGAUGAGACAGCGAGAGUCGCAGAAAAAUACAGGAAGGCACAGAAAAGAGAGCUUGAUGAUAUCAAGAAGAGGAAAGCUGAGGAAGCCUUACACCGGUUCCCCCGCACAUCAAGUGUGCCUUCAUCCACGGGGCCAUCAUCUGAAAACUCGGAGAUAGGAUCUGGAACAGCAAGCACGCAGACC